AUGAGUUCUCCUCGAGUUUUCUUUGAUGUUUAUGCUGAUAGUACGUCUCUUGGCCGUAUUGUACUUGAAUUAUUUGAUACUGAAUGCCCAAAAACAUGUGAAAAUUUUCGAGCAUUAUGCACGAUGGAAAAAGGUUACGGAUAUAAAUCAUCCAUUUUACAUCGUGUUAUUCGUGGUUAUUUUUGUCAAGGAGGCGAUUUCACAUCAUACAAUGGAACAGGUGGGAAAUCAAUCUACGGUAAAAAAUUUGAUGAUGAAAGUUUCAAUCGAAAAUUUACUGUGCCAGGAUUAUUAGCAAUGGCUAAUCAAGGACCCAAUACAAAUACAUCACAAUUUUUCAUUACUAUGUUGCCAUGCCCAUGGUUAAACGGUAAAAAUGUUGUGUUCGGUCAAGUGGUUGAAGGUAUGGACGUGAUCAAACAAAUUGAAACAUAUGGGAGUGAAACAGGUGUACCGACGCGUCGUAUUCUUGUUCAAGAGUGUGGUCUGAUUUCAUAUACGUUGAGAAUAAGUAUGAUCUUUUCCGGUUGGCUCUUAUUGAUUUGUUUUACCUUUGUCUAUUCUCAAAAUUGCUCGAAUUAUUAUGGAUGUCAAUUAGAAUUGUAUGAUCGACUUCUUUCAAAGUCGCGUUCAUCUGUUCGUCCAGUACAGAAUGCUUUGCAAAAGAUCAAUGUUCAUCUUGGAUUUUCAUUAAUCAGACUUGUGUCCAUUAAUGAACAAGAUUCUUUAAUAACAAUUCGUGCAUAUUUAAAUCAAACUUGGAAUGCAUCCGUACUCGCUUGGGAUUCUACACAAUAUUCUAAUGUUCAACAUUUUCGUGUACCUGCACAUGCAAUUUGGACACCAAAAAUAGAAUUAAUCAAUCCGAGUACCGUAAUCGAUUCUGAAGCAAAUCAUUUUAUCGAUGUUCAUUCUGAUGGGCACUUUGAAUUAUCAUAUUCAACUCUUUUGACAAGUCCAUGCAAUUUUGAUCUGAAAAAUUUUCCAUUUGAUCAACAAACAUGUUCAUUCAAAAUGGGUUCAGUACUUUAUGGUGUAAAUGAAGUAGUCAUAACACAAGCGAUUGAUUUUGUUAUUGAUGAACCAAAUUUAAUGCCAAAUGGUUAUUAUUUUGUAUCGCAUACAGUUGAUCAAAAACCUGUCUUUUUUGCUGGUUUUGAAAGAAGCUAUGAUCAAAUAUCUAUACAAAUAACUAUUCAUCGUCGUUCAGAGUAUUUUAUUUACCUUAUUAAUUGGCCUGGUACAUGUCUUAUGAUGUUAACAUUGACACUCUUUUGUCUUCCACCAUGUGCCUUUGAAAGGCUUUGUUAUGGUGCCUUAUUGCUCGUUUGCCAAUUUAUUUUGUUAAUGGUCUUUGUUUUUCAUCUCCCUAAACGACUGGGAACAUCGUGGCCAUUGAUGGGGCAUGCCAUUUUUUAUGAUAUUAUGUUGACUGCAUUCGUAUUAGUAUGUUCAGUUAUCACACGAAUGAUUUCCGAUGGAAAUACUUAUUCAACAGAAAAACCACCAAACAAAAUGCGUAGUAUGUUUUUUGGUUAUUUAGCAAAAUUAGUUGGCUUGAAACGAGCUGCAUAUGCAAUACUAGUUACAAACCGUGAAAAUGAAUAUGAUUCAAACGAUUUAACAAACAAUGAUUCUGCUAUGGAACCGUUGACAUCAGUUUCAAAUGGUGCAACAGCAACAACAUCUGAUCAUCUGAUUUCAUCAUCAAAUACAAUAACUCGUGAUAUUACUUCAAUAAAACAAAAGUUGAAUGUAUUUAUUAAUGAACAUAAUAUUCAACAGGAAUGGAUUCUUCUUGCUCAUAUUAUCAAUCGUUUCUGCUUAAGUGUUUUCCUAGGUUUCUUUACAUUGUCGAUUGCGCACCAUUUAUUUCGUAUAUAA